GGCAGAAGUGGGUUUUGAACUGUCAAUCAUUCACAUUUUGUUCCGAAGUUGAACCUGCAACAAGAUCCUGGCAACUAUGGAUGCACCGUCUUUGCACAUAGCAAUAUUUCCAUGGUUUGCCAUGGGACACCUAACCCCAAAUCUCCACCUCUCCAACAAGCUAGCAAAGAGAGGGCACAGAAUCUCCUUCUUCAUCCCCAAAACAACACAAACCAAGUUGCAACAUCUCAACCAUCACCCACACCUCAUCACCUUUUUCCCCAUCACAGUUCCUCGUGUCGAUGGCCUUCCUCACGAUGCUGAAACCACUUCAGACUUGCCCUUCUCUUUGUUCCCACUUCUCGCCACAGCUAUGGAUCGCACAGAGAAGGAAAUCGAACAUCUCCUAAGGAAACUAAAGCCACAAAUAGUUUUCUUCGAUUUCCAACAUUGGAUACCAAACCUAACACGAAGCUUGGGCAUCAAGUGCAUGCACUACUUCAUAGCUAAUCCGUUGUCAAUAGCUUACCUUUGGAACGGACCAAGGCAGACCCAAGGAGGAGAAUUGACCGAGGCUGAUCUCAUGAAACCACCUAAGGGGUUCCCUGAUUCAUCCAUCAAGCUUCAUGCACAUGAAGUUCGGUUUCUGGCUGCAACAAGAAAACUCGAGUUUGGAAGUGGUGUUUUGUUGUACGAUCGUUUGGGCAUAGGUGCAAGCUUGGCAGAUGCAAUUGGAUUCAAAGGUUGCAAAGAACUUGAUGGGUUAUAUGCGGAGUAUCUUGAAUCUGUGUAUGAGAAGCCUGUUCUUCUUUCAGGGCCUCUUUUACCUGAGCCCCCAAACUCUACUUUGGAGGAAAAAUGGGUUGCAUGGCUUGGGGGAUUCAACCCUAGUUCUGUUAUUUUCUGUGCAUAUGGAAGUGAAACCCCGUUAUCGCAAAAUCAAUUUGAAGAGUUGUUGCUUGGUCUUGAACUAACAGGUUUUCCAUUUCUUGCAGCACUUAAGCACCCUAAUGGAUUUGAGUCUGUUGAAGAAGCUCUGCCACAAGGGUUCAGAGAAAGGGUUCAAGGAAGAGGUAUUGCUUAUGGAGGUUGGGUGCAGCAACAAUUGAUUUUGGAACACCCUUCUGUGGGGUGCUUCAUAACGCACUGUGGAGCUGCUUCUGUUACUGAGGCACUUGUGAAUACGUGUCAGUUGGUGCUUUUACCAAGGCUAGGUGCUGAUCAUGUCAUGAAUGCGCGAAUGUUGAGUAGAAAGUUAAAGGUUGGAGUGGAAGUAGAGAAAGAUGAAGAAGGGUUGUUUACAAAAGAAAGUGUAUGUGAAGCAGUGAACACUGUGAUGGAUGAUGGGAAUGAAUUAGGAAGAGAAGUAAGAGAAAAUCAUGUUAAAUUGAGAAAUUUCUUAUUAAGCGAUAAUUUAGAGUCGUCGUGUGUUGAUAGUUUCUGUCAAGGACUUCAUGAUUUACUUUAAAUUAUAUGUAAACAUGUAUGCUCGAUGUGCUGUCGGUUAAUAAAAUAUUUUAUUUUCUG